AUGUCGUCUGCACCUGCCGAGAGACUCGAGCCGUGGAAAGAUCUGCUCGCAGGAGCAGUCGCAGGCUGUGCAUCGAGGUUUGCUGUUGCGCCCUUAGACGUGCUGAAAAUACGUUUCCAGCUCCAGCAUGAGCAGCGGGUGCUGCAGGCUUGGGGUCUCGGGGAUGCCCCCGCGGUGCACGCUCGCUACACAAGUGUUUCGCAAGCUUUUGGCCGCAUUAUCAAGGAGGAAGGCUGGACAGCACUCUACAAGGGGAACGUCCCCGCCCUAGCAAUGGUCGCGCCCUAUGCAGCCGUUCAGUUUGGCACGUUCUACCAGCUGCGGCAGUGGUGGAACCAGCUCAGCGAAGGCGAUAAUCGCAGCUUGCAGCGAUACAUGGGGGCUACACCCUCUGUCAUCUUCGGAGCGCUUUCCGGGCUGGUUGCGAGUGUGACGGUAUACCCAUUGGACCUGUUGCGAACGCGAAUGGCUGUACAGAGUGAGCCGCGUCUUUACACCGGCCUGGUGGACGCGGUUCGGACCAUUUGGCGGAAGGAGGGCUUGCGCGGCUUCUAUGCUGGAUUGGGGCCAACGGUCAUUGAAAUUGUGCCAUAUGUUGCGCUCCAGUUUUACAUUUAUGAGCAUCUGCGACAUUACCAGGCGCGUAAGAAUCUAGCGCAGCGUUCAUCCGGAUCAGGUGCCCUAUCGGAGCACGAGGCAGUCAGGAGCUCGGAAAGUUUCCUGAUCGGGGCGCUCACAGGCACGACAGCAAAAUGGUGCACGCUACCGCUGGAUAAUGCACGCAAAAGAAUGCAGGUUCAGAGUAUCACCGAUGGUCCACGGGUUUACAGAAACACUGUGGACUGCUUGUGGCGCAUUACACGAGCAGAAGGCGUACGCGGCCUGUUUCGGGGCGCGGUGCCUAGUCUGCUUAAAGCGGCACCUGCUUCGGGGGUCGCCUUCUUCGUGUAUGAGUGGAUGAAGAAGCUGUGGAUAUCGCCUGUUCGUACGUAUGCUGCGCAGCCGGACGUUCCCUAG